CCCAGCCGUCACCUCGGCCCCCGGGAAGACUCCCGCCCUAACCGCGUGGAGGGUGGCAGCAUUAGUAAGGCACUUCUAGGGUAACUUCUGGGUUCUUGGGGAUUCACAAGUGUAGUCGAGGAAAAGUUCGGUUAGCGAAUGCAUGAGUGUGCACGCUCAUCGGGCUCCUUUUCCCGUUUCCCCCUUGGAGGCUGGAGUUUUGAAAUGGAAAAACACAAUAGUUUUGGAUUUGAAGCCAUGUAUGAAAGUGGCAGUGUUAAGUUAACUGUAUAUAUGGAGUUCCUGCCUAUUCUUUGUUGUUCAUAAACAUCGAGGGAUUUACCUGGAAUUGUUUCCUUUCUGUUCUAAAUUAAAUCAUGACUGUUGCAGCUAAGAUCAUGAGUAUUAUGGUUGCGGAUAAGUAGCUCAAGUUAGAUAAAGUUUUUUGUUUUAAGAGCCAGUGGCUGGAUAUAAACUAAUGUUGCUAGUGAACUUGCUGUUCUGCACCACUCUUAGCAAACAGCUUGGUAGAGUCUUUUUUUGGACUGAGAUCCCCUGGAAAUGGGUGUAUCUUUCUGCAUAUUUUUAAGUCUAGAAGAUGCACCUGAUGGAGAACUUUCUGAAGAAUAUUUUUGACAAAGAGUUUUUGAAAGGUGAACUGCAAAAGACGUUAUUUAAAGUUCUUGGAAGAGGAGCCUGAAAGGAAAUAGAAUGGCUGUGAGCAUGGAUGAUGAUGUUCCCCUCAUUCUCACUUUGGAUGAGAGUGGAAGCAACACCUCAGCACCCAACGAGGAGCUGGAUCGGGAGGACCUGCCUAAUGAAAAUGGAGGCAGCUAUGACAUUGUUAAUGAUGUGUCUAGCCCAGCAACAGGGGACUACCAUUCUCAGCAAAGAUCUGCAAGACACAACUGGGAAAUGAACUACCAAGAGGCAGCAAUCUACCUCCAGGAAGGAGAAAACAAUGAUAAAUUCUUCACCCACCCCAAGAAUGCCAAAGCGCUGGCUGCCUACCUCUUUGUACACAAUCACCUUUUCUACCUAAUGGAGCUGAUCACGGCACUGCUGCUCCUGCUGCUGUCCCUCUGCGAGGCUCCUGCUGUCCCCAUUCUUCGCCUUGGCAUCUAUAUCCAUGCCACCCUGGAGCUCUUUGCAUUAGUGGUUGUGGUCUUUGAACUUUGUAUGAAGAUGAGAUGGAUGGGCUUUUACACCUAUAUCAGACACAAAAGAACCAUGGUUAAGACCUGUGUGCUGUUAGUGCAGUUUGUAGAAGCAAUAGUGGUUUUGGUGCGUCAGACCUCGCACGUCCGGAUAACACGAGCUUUGCGGUGUAUCUUCCUGGUGGACUGUCGCUACUGUGGAGCCGUCAGAAGAAACCUGCGACAGAUCUUCCAGUCUCUCCCUCCUUUCAUUGACAUCCUCCUCCUCCUCCUUUUCUUCAUGGUGAUUUUUGCCAUCCUAGGUUUUUAUCUGUUUUCUUCUAACCACUCAGAUCCCUAUUUCAAUACCUUAGAGAACAGCCUUGUGAAUCUCUUUGUUCUUCUGACCACUUCAAAUUUCCCUGAUGUGAUGAUGCCAUCUUACUCCCGGAACCCCUGGUCCUGUGUCUUCUUCAUAGUGUACCUCUCCAUUGAGCUCUACUUCAUUAUGAACUUGCUUCUUGCUGUGGUGUUUGACACUUUCAGUGAUAUUGAAAAGAGGAAGUUCAAGUCGCUGCUGCUGCACAAACGCACAGCCAUACAACACGCCUACCGCCUGCUUGUCAGCAAGCAGAGACCGUCCGGUAUCUCCUUCAAGCAGUUUGAAGGGCUGAUGCGGUUUUAUAAGCCUCGGAUGUGCGCCAGAGAGCGUUAUCUAACUUUCAAAGCACUGAAUCAAAGCAAUACAACUUUAGUCAGCCUAAAGGAUUUCUACAAUUUCUAUGAAGUUGUUGGCUUAAAAUGGAAGGCAAAACGAAACCGCGAGCACUGGUUUGAUGACCUUCCACGGACAGCGUUUCUUAUAUUUAAAGGCAUUAACAUUCUGGUGAAGUCCCGAGCAUUCCAGUAUGCCAUGUAUACUGUGGUAGCUGUGAAUGGGAUCUGGAUUCUAAUUCAAACCUUCAUGCUGCAAGGUGGGAACUUCUUCCCCAGAGAUGUCCCGUGGAGUUACAUCGUCUUCCUCACAAUCUAUGGGGUAGAGCUGCUCCUGAAAACCACUGGCCUGGGACCCAUUGAGUAUCUAUCUUCUGGAUGGAAUCUCUUUGAUUUUUCAGUCACCCUGUUUGCAUUUCUGGGUCUCCUGGCGCUGGCAUUUAACAUGGAGCCAUUCUACUUCAUCGUCGUCCUGCGACCCCUUCAGCUGCUCAGGCUCUUUAAGUUGAAGAAGCGCUACAGGAAUGUCCUGGACACAAUGUUUGAGUUAUUCCCCAGGAUGGCCAGCCUGGGCUUAACCCUGCUGAUCUUCUACUACUCCUUUGCCAUUGUCGGCAUGGAAUUCUUCUCUGGGGUUGUCUACCCAAACUGCUGCAACACAAGUACAGUUGCAGAUGCCUAUCGCUGGGUGAAUCACACGGUUGGAAACAAGACCGUGGUUGAAGAAGGUUACUACUAUUUGAACAACUUUGACAACAUUUUGAACAGCUUUGUUACGCUGUUUGAGUUGACAGUUGUCAAUGACUGGUACAUCAUCAUGGAAGGGGUGACCUCGCAAACCUCUCACUGGAGCCGCCUCUACUUCAUGAUCUUCUAUAUCGUGACCAUGGUGGUGAUGACGAUCAUUGUGGCCUUUAUACUGGAGGCUUUUGUAUUCCGCAUGAACUACACCCGAAAGAACCAAGGUUCAGAAGAAGACAAUGGCAUUGUCCUGGAGAAGGAGAUCUCCAAGGAGGAAAUGGCAGGCGUAAUUGAGCUCUACAGACGGAAUUGUGCUGCCUCUGAAAUUGCCCCGCUGCUGAAGGUCAUUGCACAAAUGGACAAAUAUGAGCAAACAUCGAUGCUGUUUCUGGGACGGAGAUCGAGGACCAAAAGUGACUUAAGUAUGAAAAUGUACGAGGAGGAGAUACAGGAGUGGUAUGAAGAGCAUUCCAGAAAAGAAGAUCAGUGGCAAGAAGAUGUCUUCCCGUCCGGCAACCGCAUGCUGUCCUCGGGCCUCAGGCAGCGCUCGCAAACAGUUACCUAGGCCAAGCUAGUGCAAACCAUUCUUCUAUGCAAUAAUCCCAUAGUAUUUUAUAAUGUAUAUAGAUAUAGUCAGUAUAUCAGUCACGUUUUGGUUUUAAACAGCUCUUCCCCGGAAGACAUCAUGAGUUGCUUCGAAUAAAUGAAAAGCAAAGACUCGGAGGACUCAAAAUAGGACUGCUGGAACCAAAAAUAUAUAUAUGUUAUUAUAUAACCCUUCAGCAAGACCCUGCACUGCAACUGUGACUGAUGACCAUCUGGUGCAGAAUACUCUGUUGUUCUUCCUGGUUUAUGCUUCCCCAACACAGGCCCACGACUAGUUUUACCAGUCGGAAACCAUGGGGAGGGAUAUUUAAUCCUUUGGAAGAAGGAAAUAAUACUGAACCCGGCUGCUAAUAUUGAAAUCCUGUGCUUAAAAUAUAGUUUAUUUAACCCAUUAAUUCUUAAGUAAAAGAAUCAGGGAGCAAGUUUGUAUUUCCCUCCCCAACUAGUAUCCAGCAAGAUGGGGUUGGAUGAGAAGUUUACCACUUUAAUCUACACCCAUUCUGCCUCUUCCUAACUACCUAGGCUUAGUGACCAUUCUAGAGACACUCCCUGUUUCAUUCCUCAGUAGGUCAUCCAACCUCUUAAAUCUGUUCUUUGGAGGAUGGCUGUAGAACUGAGCUCCAGUAGUUCUUUGGAUCCGUACUAAAAAUUAUGAAACUUGACAGAGUUCUGGAGCAAUGCCCUUGUUGAAGCUAUCCAAGUUCUCUCUCUAGUGUUCUGUGCUAUGCAGGCUGGGAGCCAUUUGACAAAUCCCAAAACUCUGGUGAUCUGUUAGUAGGUGAGAUGCAAAUUCCACAGGACGGUGAUUCUGAGCCUUUGCCAUUCCACCCUCCAGUUUAUAAGCGGAAGAUCUUUGCCUGGUAUGAGAAUGAGACAUCACAAGGUUAGUGACCUGAGCUUCAUGUGGGGCUGGAUUGAGAAGUGCUGGGGAGGUGUGUGCGUAUGCGCCUGCACAGCACCUCUGUACAGUCACCACCAGGGUAAUGUUGCCUUUGAUUUCCCAGGUAGGUUGAUGUGACCACAAGGGAACUUUUCUCCUUCUUUGCCUUCUCUCUUGCAAAAACUUUGCCAGCUCUGGGAACCAUUGUUUUAUGAAUCGGAGCCAGUUUGGGAAGCUUUUCUAAUGGGAGAACUGGACUUAGAGAUGUGGAAAACUCUUCCAUCCACCUGUCCUUUUGUAUCAUACAUAGAGUCAGCCUCUGUUCUCUGCUCUGACUUGCUCUGUGACCAUGGGCAAGGUCACUUAAUCUCUGUGUGCUUCUAUUUCCACACACUGGGAGUAACAAAACCCACUUGGGUAAAGCACGCCACAGUCUGUGGAUGGAAAGUGCUCAGUAUUAUAAAAACAUGUAGUCAUGGCACAUGUGCAGUGGCAGGUCAAAGGAGAGGUUGCCAUGGCAUCUCACCUUUUAAAUUUGCUGUCUCGGGUGGGUGGAUCCCUCUAAAUGAAGUGAGAGCUUUUAGGAAUCCCUUUGGCAAUCUGCACUCCAAAGCUAUUGCAUAGGAAAUGCCUCCCUCCUAAAUCAGACAGCAUUAAUCGUAAGGUAAUGCCCCCUCAUCCUUGGAGUUAUAGACCCACUGUGAAGGACCAUAUUGCACUAUACUGAGGGAAGGGAAAGCGUUUCCACAGCUGGUUGCACUGUUCAUUUAGGAGCUGCUCUGCCAUUCCCAUUAUGGCCUAUGGUGAGAUUUUUUUCAAAAACAUCUUAAUGUCUUAAGCCAUCGGGAACUGGGCUCUUAAGUCUCACAUGCUUUUGACAACCUGCCCCUCUCUGGGUAGUGGUUCAAUGUGUUCUGGUUAAGUGAAUGAGAUGGUAGUCACCAUGCCUGCACCCACUGCAUGCUGCUUGUCCUCACUGCUGCAUUCUGGCAUUCAUUGGAUACUCAAAUGAAACUCUUUGCUUCCUUUUUGUGCGCAAUGGACUCCAGAGUUACGACGUGACCCUUGAGCCCUGCCAAGCUUGCCUCUUGAGAAACUGGGGCCAUUUUCCAAAUUGUGUAGAUCACGUCCAGGGCACUCACUGAUGAGGAGCACUGAA